AUGCAAGUGCUGUUGCGUCCUGGGGACGUGGCUAUCGAUGUGGGUGCCAACUUGGGUUGCUACACAGUGGCCUUGGCAGAGGCAGUGGGACCGAGGGGGCACGUGAUUGCCUUUGAACCAUUCCGAUGGCUCCAUCAAUUGGUUGUUGCCAAUGUGGCCAUCAACGGCACCUUGACCGCGUGA